GGCUUACUGUGCUCUGCACUGCUCUCGUGUGGUGUUGCUAUUUGUACAGUAACCCUGCUGCCACUUCUAUGGCAAAUAAUGAGACAGAUAGAGUUGCAUUGCUGGCCUUCAAGGCUGCAAUUGUUGAAGACCCAUUUGGUGCCCUCACUUCUUGGAAUCAUUCACUCCACUACUGCCAUUGGAACGGUAUUUUGUGUAGUCGUCGGCAUCCUGAUAGAGUUAUUAGGAUAACUCUAACGUCCCAAGGCCUGGUUGGAUCGCUCUCACCUCAUGUAGGAAACCUCUCCUUUCUCAAAAGUAUCGUUCUUUCAAACAAUAGUUUCCAUGGCCUAAUCCCACAAGAGAUGGGUCGCUUGUUUCGAUUACAAGCAAUAGAAUUAAGCAACAAUUCGUUUGGCGGUGCAAUACCUACCAACCUGUCGCGUUGCUCGAGUCUUGAAUCCUUGAACUUGAUCAACAACAACUUGACUGGAAACAUCCUAGUCGAGCUAGGCUCUUUGUCAAAGCUUCGAGCUUUAGGCUUGUCUAAAAACAAACUUUCCGGAACCAUCCCUCCUGCCAUUGGAAACCUCUCAUCUCUUACCGUACUCUCUUUGGCGUAUUGUAAUUUGAUGUGUCUUAGAGUGUCCAAGAUUCUUAGCGACAAGCUUAGAAGGAAUUAUCUUACUUGCCCUAUUCCAUCAUCUAUUGGCAGACUUCAUAAGUUGCAAAUUGUAAGUUUAUACAAUAACAAAUUGACAGAACUGCCAUCUUCACUUGGUAAUUUGACUUCGUUGUAUAUUCUCUACUUCGAAGAAAACAACAUCCAUGGAAGCAUACCUCCGAGUUUGGGCGAUUGUCAUAGCUUGUUGGAAUUAGACCUUUCUAAAAAUAAUCUCAAUGGUCCAAUACCCCCUGAAAUUUUGAAUCACUUGUCUAGUUCAAUAUUCCUCUUGUUAGGUCACAAUGCACUAACAGGUUCUCUGCCAUCAGAAAUCGGGUCUCUGAAAAAUCUUGAAAUGAUGGAUGUGUCCUAUAAUAGAUUAUCAGGACCCAUACCAAACACUCUAAGCAACUGUUUGAGUCUAGAAAGGCAUCAAUUGGAGGCUAAUUCAUUUGAAGGAGAGAUACCUCAAAGUUUAAGAAUGCUGAGGGGUUUAAGAGUCUUGGAUCUUUCGUGCAACAAUUUGUCGGGGUUGAUCCCAAGUUAUCUUGGCGAGCUUCAACUAGAUAUGUUGAAUUUGUCUUUUAAUAUGCUACAAGGACAAGUUCCCAUACAAGGAGUGUUUCGAAAUUCAAGUGCAAUUUCAAUUGUUGGAAAUAAUGACAUAUGUGGAGGUAUUGCAGAAUUAAACCUUCCUCCUUGUUCAUUCUCCAACUCAAGCAAGAAUAAGCUCUCUCACUUAGUGAAAGUGAUCCUAGUCGUGGUUAGUGUGGUGAUAUUUUUAUCGUUGUUAGUUAUCUUCUUUAUUUUUCUUCAAAGGCAUCAUGUUUCAAAAAAGAAGGCCUCUUGCACGCCAUCAAUCAUGUAUCAAUUUUUGAGGGUUUCUUAUGCAGAGCUUCUCAAAGCCACCAAUGGAUUCUCAGAGGCCAAUCUAAUUGGAGUUGGGAGCUAUGCUUCAGUUUACAAAGGGAUUCUUGAUGAAGUUCAGAUGGUCGUGGCAGUGAAAGUGCUCAAUCUUCAGACCAGAGGAGCUUCUAGGAGCUUCAUGACAGAAUGCAAAGCACUAAGAGCGAUAAGGCAUCGAAAUCUAUUGAAAAUUUUGAGUGCUUGUUCUAGUGUGGAUUUCAAUGGUGAUGAAUUCAAAGCUUUGGUAUAUGAAUUUAUGGCCAAUGGAAACUUAGGAAAAUGGCUACAUCAAGUUGGAGUGGAAGACCACGGGCAAGCAGAAGAACCCAAAAAUCUUAAACUAAUCCAACGACUGGACAUUUCAACUGAUGUUGCUUCUGCACUUGAGUAUCUUCAUUGUAGUUGUGAGUCUACAAUUAUUCAUGGUGAUCUAAAGCCAAGUAAUGUUCUUUUGGAUGAUAAGAUGACGGCCCAUAUUGGAGAUUUUGGGUUAACAAAAAUUAUGUCUAUCGGUUCACGUGAUGUGGCACAAGGUCAAAGCAAUUCAGUUGUGAUAAGGGGAACCAUAGGCUAUGUUGCUCCAGAGUAUGGCAUGGGGGACAUGGCUUCCACACUAGGGGAUGUAUACAGUUUUGGGAUUCUUUUACUGGAGAUGUUUACAGGUAAAAAACCAACUGAUGAUAUGUUUAAUGAUGAUCUAAAUCUUCAUAACUUUGUUAAGAAUGGUUUGCCUGAUCGAGUGAUGGAGAUUGUGGAUCCCCGCAUCCUAUUGGAGCAUAACACAAUGUGGAUUAAAGACUUCAUGGUUUCCAUUCUACGAAUUGGGAUUGCAUGUUCGAUGGAAUCGCCAAGAGAUCGAAUGGAAAUGGGGAGUGUUGUUAGUGAACUGAAUAAGAUCAAAAAUACUUACAUGAAUCAAGGGUUGAACCAAGAUUUGGAGGUUGGAAGAGAUUGUGCAACAUGAAAACCAAAAGUGAGUAGCCUCUUGACCUAUGCAUAUGCAUACUAAAAUAGUAAAAGCUAUACUCAAAACAGAUUUUCUUGUAUUCGCAUUUCUUACCACUAGACACAAUGACAUGAAUUCCACCUAUAUUUAUUAAUAUGGACCUUACUAAAUUUGUGACUAGUAGCAAGAAAAUCUGAUACGAAAUUCCUUUAUAUAUAACA